UGAAUUUCAAUUGAAUUAAUUAUUUAGAUUGAUAUUUUGAACGCAUCUGUUUACGUACGUAAACUACUUCAGCUACUUAUUAAACCGCUGAACUUAAGAAAAAAUGUGCAACAUAGUGAGAAACUCGAACAAGUAAACUGAUAUUCGCGCGCAUUUUGACAUUUUGAUGUUUAACCUGUUUGUUGUUGAGAGGCAUCGUGUUUUUCUAUUAUUUUUGUUAAAUUUGUGUUAAUUUUCAGUGUUGUACCUUAAAAUAGUAAUUAUUACGCUUAAGUAACAAUGAGUUCCCCGGCCCCAGACACGCCAUCAGACCGAGAUGGAGCGCGGUCUCGCAUGACAUCACCGGCGCGCGACUAUGAGAUGUUUGAGGAUGAGAGCGCCAUUCUUGGAGACAACCCGCUCGAGGAGGAAGAGGAAGAUGGAGAGGAGCUGUUCAAUGAUAACAUGGAGGCAGACUACCGCCCCAUGCCAGGAUUGGAUCGGUAUGAUGCUGCAGACCUGGAUGAUGAUAAUUAUGACCCCAUGUCCAUCGAAGAUCGGCGGGCAGCUGAGCAAGAGCUCCGGCGCAGGGACAGAGAAGAAGGGAGGAGGCGGGAUGACCAAGGCUUGCUUUAUGAUGAGUCAGAUGAAGAGGAUGGCGAUGCUCCGCGUGCUAAGCGUCGCCGAGCCGCCGAAAAAGCCGCCACCGGGGCCGAGGAACAGGUCGAAGAGGGCAUUGAGAGCAUUGAAAACCUGGAGGACACCAAGGGGUACACCACCAAGGAGUGGGUGUCCAUGUUGGGACCCAGGACUGAGAUUGCUAACAGAUUCAAGAACUUCCUCCGCACAUUCACCAACAGCAAAGGCCAGUAUGUGUACAAAGAGCGUAUACGGCGUAUGUGCGAACACAAUCAAGCCUCCUUCCAUGUGGAGUUCGAUGUCCUUGCUCGGCGAGAGCAGGUCCUCGCGUACUUCUUGCCCGAGGCGCCAUUCCAGAUGCUGCAAAUCUUUGACGAGGUGGCUAAAGAUGUGGUACUGCAGAUGUUCCCCAGCUACGAGCGAGUUACGUCAGAGAUACACGUGCGGAUAUCGGACUUGCCACUCAUUGAGGAACUCAGAACUUUCCGCAAGCUUCACUUGAACCAGCUGGUCCGAACUGUAGGCGUCAUCACAGCUACCACUGGCGUACUCCCCCAGUUGUCAGUCGUGAAGUACGAUUGUAACCGGUGCGGAUACAUCUUGGGUCCGUUUGUGCAGUCGCAGAACUCGGAAGUGAAGCCUGGGUCUUGUCCUGAGUGUCAGAGUGCUGGGCCUUUCAUGGUAAACAUGGAGCAGACAGUAUACCGCAACUACCAGAAGGUGACGAUCCAGGAGUCGCCCGGGCGCAUCCCGGCCGGCCGCAUCCCGCGCUCCAAGGACUGCGUGCUGCUGGCCGACCUGUGCGACCGCUGCAAGCCCGGCGACGAGGUCGACCUCACCGGCGUCUACACCAACAACUAUGACGGCUCGCUCAACACGGAGCAGGGUUUCCCAGUUUUCGCAACAGUAAUCAUCGCCAACUACAUAGUAGUGAAGGACUGCAAGCACAUCGUAGAAUCACUAACCGAUGAAGAUGUUGCCAACAUCGUCAAGUUAUCCAAGGACCCUCGUAUAGGCGAACGUAUUGUGCAGAGCAUGGCGCCUAGUAUAUAUGGGCAUGAUUAUAUCAAACGGGGGCUGGCUCUGGCGCUGUUUGGUGGUGAAUCGAAAAAUCCAGGCGAGAAGCACAAAGUGAGAGGCGAUAUCAAUGUUUUAAUCUGCGGUGACCCUGGUACAGCUAAAUCUCAGUUCCUCAAGUACACAGAAAAGAUUGCCCCAAGAGCCGUGUUUACUACUGGCCAAGGUGCUAGCGCUGUUGGUUUAACUGCUUAUGUAAGGAAGAAUCCUACGACAAGAGACUGGACGCUAGAGGCCGGCGCGCUAGUUCUAGCGGAUCGCGGCGUUUGCCUCAUCGACGAGUUCGACAAAAUGAACGACCAGGACCGCACCUCCAUCCACGAGGCCAUGGAGCAGCAGUCCAUCUCGAUCUCCAAGGCUGGCAUCGUCACUUCCCUGCAUGCGAGGUGUUCAAUAAUAGCCGCGGCCAAUCCGAUCGGCGGACGCUACGACGCGUCGCUGACGUUCUCCGAGAACGUGAACCUGUCCGAGCCCAUCCUGUCGCGCUUCGACGUGCUGUGCGUCGUGCGCGACGAGCCCGAGCCCAUGCGCGACGCGCACCUCGCCAAAUUCGUAGUAUCCUCCCACAUCCGCCACCACCCGACGCAGCGCGGCCAGACCAUCGAGGAGAACGAGCUCACCGACCCGGACUUCGCGCUGCCGCAAGAUUUGCUCAAGAAAUACAUCGUGUACGCGAGGGAGAACGUGCGGCCUAAACUACAGAAUAUGGAUCAAGACAAAGUGGCAAAGAUGUACAGUCAACUGCGUCAGGAAUCUCUCGCCACGGGCAGCUUACCCAUCACCGUCAGACACAUUGAAUCUGUGAUCCGCAUGAGCGAGGCGCACGCGCGCAUGCACCUGCGCGCGCAGGUGAGCGAGCAGGACGUCAACAUGGCCAUCCGCACCAUGCUGGAGAGCUUCGUCGACACGCAGAAGUACAGCGUCAUGCGCGCCAUGCGACAGACAUUCCAAAAAUACCUCUCGUACAAGAAGGACCACAGCGAGCUCCUCUACUACAUCCUGCGCCAACUCACGAUGGACCAGCUCGCCUACAUGCGCGGCCUCCACAACCACUCCACGUCAACCAUCGAGAUCUCCGAGCGGGACCUCGUGGAGCGAGCGAGACAGAUCAACAUUACGGACCUGAAGCCUUUCUAUGACAGCCGCAUCUUCAAGAUGAACAGCUUCAGCUAUGAUCAGAAGAGGAAGGUGAUAAUACAUACGCUGCCCGAAGCGCCUGCUGAGGCUUAGUAUUGGAAACCCUUGUUGUCUAUGGCUUAAAUUUGAAUGCAUUGUAUGUAAUUUUCGAAAGAUUUUUCGGGGUCGUCUAAUUUAAGUAUGGCCAGUGAUUGGUGACUACUACUAUUUUUUUUUAUCUCGAAUGAAAUCAUGCGAAUGGUCACCAACAAAAUCUGUGAAAUGUGUCUUAUUUGUUACACAUGUUAUAUUUGGCAAGAUUCUAACACCAAACCGAAACCAGUAAGAAGUAUAAGCCAUUAUCAUAAAAGGUACAUAAAAGUGCCUUGUGAUAGCUUUUGCAGGUAUCGCCACAAUGUUCUUGACAUCACAUUAUCAGAUUGUCAGUUUGUUUUUCUGAAUAAUAUAUGGAUCACAUUUUUGCAUAAAUUCGAAGAUAAUGUACCCACCCUAUUCAUCACAUAUUUUCUUAUAAUUCCUAAAUAAUAUUUUUAAUAAAUAAUCAUUGUAAUCAUUUAAAAGUCAUUUUCAUUGUACAUAAUGUUCACUUCAUUUAUGCAGGACAUAAUUAUUAGAACUACCCACCUCAUUAUAAUUUUUAGAUUUUAAGAUUGUAUUGCUUAAAAUAAGAUAGCUGUAAGUGCCUUACUUUAUAGUACAAAACGAAUCUGUUCUUUUACUUUUUGACCUUUUUCAAUAAAUAUUAUGUCUACA